AUGGGAGCGAGUUCAACUCCACCUUUAACAGGUACAACUUCUGCAGCUCGAUCAAUUGUAAAUGGAACUUCAACUACCUUGGUGAUGGGAACGAGUUCAACUCCACCUUUAACUGGUACAACUUCUGCAGCUCUGUCAGCUGUAACUUUAACUUCCACUCCAAUGGUGAUGGGAACGAGUUCAACUCCACCGUUAACUGUCACAACUUUUGCAGCUCAAUCAAUUGUAAAUGGAACUUCCACUCCAUUGGUGAUGGGAACGAGUUCAUUUUCACGUUUGACUAGAAUAACUUCUGCAGCUUUGUCAACUGUAACUGGAACCUUCAAUUCAUUAGUGAUGAGAACGAGUUCAUUUUCACCUUCGACUGGAACAACGUCUGCAGCUCUGUCAACUGUAACUGUAACUUCAACUACAUUGGUGAUGGGAACGAGUUCAACUCCACCUUUGACUGGUACAACUUCUGCAGCUCUGUCAACUGUAAAUGGAACUUCAACUACAUUGGUGAUGGGAACGAGUUCAACUCCACCUUUCUCUGGUACAACUUCUGCAGCUCUGUCAACUGUAAAUGGAACUUCAACUACAUUGGUGAUGGGAACGAGUUCAACUCAACCUUUCUCUGGUACAACUUCUGCAGCUCGAUCAAUUGUAAAUGGAACUUCAACUACAUUGGUGAUGAGAACGAGUUCAACUCCACCUUUAACUGGAACAACGUCUGCAGCUCUGUCAAUUGUAAAUGGAACUUCAAUUACAUUGGUGAUGGGAACGAGUUCAACUUUAUCUUUGACUGGAACAACCUCUGAAGCUCUGUCAACUGUAACUGAAGCUUCCACUCCAUUGGUGAUGGGAACGAGUUCAACUUCACCUUUGACUGGAACAACCUCUGAAGCUCUGUCAACUGUAACUGUAACUUCAACUUCAUUGGCGAUGGGAACGAGUUCAAUUUCAACUUUGACUGGCACAACCUCUGAAGCUCUGUUAACUGUAACUGUAACUUCAACUUCAUUGGUGAUGGGAACGAGUUCAACUCCAUCUUUGACUGGAGAAACCUCUGAAGCUCUGUCAACUGUAAAUGGAACUUCCACUCCAUUGGUGAUGGGAACGAGUUCAACUCCACCUUUCACUGGUACAACUUCUGCAGCUCUAUCAACUGUAAAUGGAACUUUCACUCCACUGGCGAUGGGAACGAGUUCAACUCUACCUUUGACUGGUACAACUUUUGUAGCUCUGUCAACUGUAACUGGAACUUCCACUCCAUUGGUGAUGGGAACGAGUUCAACUUCACCUUUGACUGGAACAACCUCUGAAGCUCUGUCAACUGUAACUAUAACUUCAACCUCAUUGGUGAUGGGAACGAGUUCAAUUUCAAAUUUGGCUGGCACAACCUCUGAAGCUCUGUCAACUGUAACUGUAACUUCAAACUCAUUGGUGAUGGGAACGAGUUCAACUUCACCUUUGACUGGAACAACCUCUGAAGCUCUGUCAACUGUAACUGUAACGUCAACCUCAUUGGUGAUGGGAACGAGUUCAACUCCACCUUUGACUGAAACAGUUUCAACUCUGUCCACUUCUAAUGAAACAAUUUCAACUCACCCGUCGACUGCCACUACUAUUAAUCUUGGCAUAGCUCCGACAGAAAAUUACACUAGACUUCCUGGACGUUCUAAUGCAUCUACCAUUGAAAGAACUUCAUCAACUCCGACCAUUCCAUUAACUACUGCUCUCACUUGUCCACCUGGAUUGAUCUAUUCAAGUUGUGUUUCCUCGUCAUGUCCUCCUUUCUGUCAAUACUUAAACGUGACGUGUACGUUGCCAAGCGAUUGUGAAGAAGGUUGCACGUGCCCAAGUGGUUUGGUGUUUAAUGGCACACAUUGUGUUGAACCAUCGGAUUGUCCAUGUUUAUACAAGAGUAACUAUUACAGAGCAGGAGAGACGUGGAGAGAUGGCUGUAAUAGAUGCAUUUGCUGGAAUAAUACUUUAAUAUGUAAUCCUAUUCAAUGUCCCACGAUCACUUACUGUCCUACUCACAGCUACACGGUUACAAGAAAAGAUUGUUGUGACGUCUGUGUUUCUAUUUCCACUACACCACCAAUCACCAUCGCGACAACAAGGAGACCAUGUAACGAGUCCCAAUUCUAUUGUCAUAUCGAUAAGACAUGUAUACCUCGUGUAUGGUCAUGUGACGGAAUGCGGGAUUGUUCCAACAAUGAAGAUGAAAGUAACUGUACAACGAUAUCAUCAUGCAACGACACUUUAGGAGAGGUCCGUGGUUAUCCCGAUUCGAGUUGGAGGAUGAUUUCAAGCGGUGAGACGUUCUAUUGCUUACGAAAUUUCAGCAGGGCCAUUCAGCUUCUUGCAAAUCUGGGUCAUAAUUCUACGGUGACAAUAAUUGGCUCAGAAUUGGAAGAGGUACAACAAUGGAUGGAAUCAAACGGUAUGCCUGUUAUUAAUACGAUUGUAAUGAUAACUUUUAUACUGUUAUAUUAUUACUAA